GUUGAAAGCAUACAUUAAAAUUUCUCAGGGUGGAGGCAAAUGAGAAGACUUUCAAUUUGGAGAUGGAAGCCAACGAUUACAAAAAGAACACAAGGAUUUGAAGACAGAGGGCAGAGAGCAUGGGAGGGUGAACUUGCUUUUCUUUCCACGUUUUUGUUCUGUAACCGAGUCGUCUCGCUUCCCUCGAGCCACUCAUCACUUAGAAAGAUAGAAAUGAACCUGUUCUCCGGCUCAAACAAUACUCUCUCAAUCUCCUCCGUCAUAUCCAGCAACAAUUAUACGCCGCCAGAGCCCACCUCCCUUACCAUGUCCGCCGCUUUUCACCACAGGCAUGCGGGAUUAGUCAGCUCACCCCCUUAUCCGCUUUUUUGGAUAUCGACCAAAGCUCCCAGUCCUGCAACCACCAAAUUGUACAAUCUUUCGACUUUGGGGGGAAUAAUCUCGAUUUGGGCAAGCGUUGGUAGAGGCUGAUGUCGCUGGCAUCAGCGACAAGUAUGGUGGUUCGCAUCUGGUAAGAGCGGCAGCGACGAGAUGUGUUUCUGAUGCUGCUAGUGCUGCGAUCUCUCGGGUGCAAGCUCUCCACGUUCAUAUUGCCCUUCAUCCACCGGAACAACGUCGGCUUGGUUACCAGCGGCGAUGGAGGGUGCCUCCGAGACUAGUGAACAGUUUCAUGU